GUUACCUCUUCCGCUCUGCUAUGUGUGGCACUAUAUAGGAUAGUAUAUCAUUAUAUAUAAUUUUUUAACAGUGUUCAUUAGUUUACUAGUAUGAAAUCUUCUUUAUUUAGACGUAAUGAUGGAAGGAUGUGGAUUGGACUAACUGACGUGCUAAAAGAAGGAUCGUUUGUGUGGACAGACGGAUCGACGCUCGAUUGGACUAACUGGGCCAAAGGUGAACCGAACAGUUACGGGGGAGAUGAGGACUGCGUGCUCCAGACAGACAGGGGGUGGAUCGACGUGUCUUGUACAGCAGCCCCUUACCAGUUUGUGUGUAAACACAGGUCCAGAGCACUUCCUCUAACAGGACACCGCUACAUCUGUGCUGACCGACGAUCGGACUGCGUUUCCAGGGAUCGCAGAUUUAGCGCAUGCGCCAAACAGCGAGACUUCGCGUGGUCCCAGUGUAGAAAGACGUGUGGACUCUGCUAAUAAAGGCACA